AUGUUCAUACUCUCGUUCGGGCUUUGCCUAGGCUUGGCCACGGCCGAAGUCAUCAAAAUGACAAAUGCCAAUCGAAACGUAGCCCUGGCGGAGGACAAGGUCUCCUUUGUCAAUUUUUACGCUGACUGGUGCAGGUUUUCCCGUCAAUUGGCGCCGAUUUUCGAAGCUGCCGAGAGAGAAUUGGCUAGCGAGGAGCAACUUGUUUUUGCGAGAGUUGAUUGUGAUAAAGAUGGCGACAUUUGUAAAGAAUUUAUGGUCAACAAGUACCCGACAAUCAAAUUGUUUCGUCAUGGAAAGCCACUGAAAAAAGAAUACAGAGGUCAAAGGAGCGUCGCUGCAAUCAAGGCUUUUUUGCUAGACCAGAUUCGAGACCCAAUUAUCAAAGUCAAGGAGUUGAAAGAAAUCGACGAUCUUACUGCUCAAGAAAAGCGCAUCAAAUCGAUGGUUGUCGGUUAUUUUGAAUCAGAAGACUCUGCCGAAUACAAGAACUUCCAAAUCUCUGCCGAUGAGCUCGUAGAAAGCUGCAUCUUUAUCGCCGCCAUUGGUGACAUUGCCAAGCCUGAGAUGAAAAAUGGACCAAAUGUGCUCUUCAAGAACAAGCUCGCUAACAGAGUUGAUCGUCCCUUUUACGGACAAAUUAGCAAUCAAGAAGUUUUCAAGAAGUGGACCGAUGAAAACUGUGUCCCCUUGGUGCGGGAAAUCACUUUCAACAAUGCGGAAGAAAUCACUGAAGAAGGUCUUCCACUCAUGAUCAUGUUCCACAAGAAAGAGGACACGAAGAGCCUCGAGAGCUUCCAACAAGCUGCCCAGCGAUGGCUUUUCUCCCAGAAAGGAAAAAUCAACGUUGUCACUGCUAUUUGUGAACAGUUCACGCAUCCACUGUAUCAUUUGGGCAAAAGUGUCAACGACUGUCCAGUCAUUGCUAUUGACAGUUUCUCGCACAUGUACGUCUUCAAGAAGAACUUUGAGGAAAUCGUCCGUCUUCCACACUUGCUCACUUUUGCCAACGACUUACACUCUGGCAAGCUUCACCGUGAAUUCCACCACGGCCCUGAUCCAGAAUCCGAGGAAAAGGCCCAAGAAGCUUUAGAAGAAGUGAAGAAGAUCGAAGCUGAAGCCGAAAAAGUUCAAGAUGAGAUCGAAGAAGUCCAAGAAAAGCUUGAAGAAGUAGCAGAAAAGAUCGACGAAGUCAUGGACGAAAACGACGAUGCUACAGAUGAACUGGAGGGAGUAGAUAACCCUCGACAAAAGGCGGCGAAAGAUAAGAUCGUUGCCGACGGUGCCGCCAAGGAAGAGGAGUUGCUCAAGCAUGAAGACGCUCUCUAUGACGAGCUCGAGAAGAAGGAAGACCAACUUGCCGAACUUGAAGAGAAGAAGCAGGAAAACCUCGAAAAGGCUCAAGAACAUCUGGAAAAAGCGAAGUCUGGCGGAACUCCACCACCAGAGUCGCAAUUCAAAAAGCUCCAACCCAGCGAAACAAAAUACACUCUCAGAAAAGACGAACUGUAA